AUGCGGAUCGAUCCAGCAAAGUUGGGGCGUGCCAUGGGGCGUGCCACAAGAGUGAAGCAACUGCAUUACGAUGCCCUGCAAUGUGCCGUGGAUGCCAACCUCCGUGCCAAGCCGGUGGUUUUGCUGCGCAAUCUGCGCAUGCAUGCUGCCGCCGCCGCCCAAGCUGGUACCGUCGAAGCACAGUUUCAUUUCUUCCCGCCCUAUAAUCCCCUCCCUUGGGUCGCUCCUGCUGUGCUCGACCGGCCCCCUACGGCGGGCCGGGAGCCUCAGAGCUUGCAACCCCAGGCGUUCUUCAGGCCCCUCGAGUAUGUCCUCCUCCACUUUGACGAGGACAUCGUCACCCUAUGUUGCACCGACCAGCUCUGGAAUGCUAGCUUGCUCGCCAUCCAUCUGCGUCAGGCCCUCCGGCAUCCCAAAAUCGAGAUCAGCACCAAAACAGAUGGCGUACUCCACACAACAAAGCCUGGCCAGCACCUCAAGUACACCAUCUUCUCCAACAACGACCAGGCCCCCUUUCCCAACUGGCGCUUCAGCCUUCGCCUCGACGCCAUGCCCAUCGUCACCGUCGUCACCAGUCUGGCAACCCCCCAGCUCCGCAGAUGGCCCGUCUCGAAGAACGCGACGCCUUGGACCGCCAAGGGACCGACACCGACAACCACAGCGGCAGCGACUUCCACGCCUCAGACGACGGCGAUCGCAGCAGCACUGCCAGCGACACUGACAGCGACCCUACCGACAACGACCAUCACAAUCAACGCGCUUGUCGGCCGCGAGACGCGCUGCAAGAUUGAGCGUCUCUUCCAUCGUUCGCCCGACGUGCACAUGUGCGCCUUGUCAGUGGACAAGCGUAGACGCCAAUUCUCCGCCGAGGACGUCUGCCUCAUGCUCCUGCGCACGCUCAAACUUGGCCCCGUGCCACUGGAUUUCCUCACCCGUCUGGCGCUUGCCGAUGCGCUCGAGCAGCAGCCCAAUCAUAUCCUAAAAAAGCGCGAGCUGGCGACGAGCAGCCACCCAUCAGCCACCCGGGGUGGCUGUUUGGGAUCAGCCACCCAGCAGCCACCCAGGGUGGCUGGUAAUUAG